AUGCGAUUGUCAAUUUUUGUAUGUGUCCUUUUUGUUUGUGGAUCUUUGAGUUUCCACCAGUCCAAGCUGAUUUGGAGCAAGCAGUACACUGGAAAUGAUAGACCUGUGAUUGGUAUUUUGACUCAGAUUGUUUCAGACGAAGUAAUGAAACAGUAUGGGAGCACAUACAUUCCUGCCUCCUAUGUUAAGUACAUCGAGUCUGCAGGCUGCAGAGUGAUGCCUAUCAAACUGACUCUUACAACUGCUGAGUACAAAAACAUCUUUAGUAGGAUAAAUGGUCUCCUUCUCAUCGGCGGAGCUUCCAAUCUGGAGACAUCUGAUUUUGCUAGGGUGGCAAAGAUUUUUUAUCAGCUUGCUGUUGAGGCCAAUGAUGCAGGGGAUUACUUCCCAGUGUGGGGUACGUGCUUGGGAAUGCAACUUCUCACUGUCCUGGUUUCUGGUCACAAUCUGCUGGAAAACGUCACUGCUGAGAAUGUGGCUCUAUCCCUCAACUUCACUCGAGCGGCCUUCUCCAGUCGCAUGUUUGCUGCCUUCCCCAAGGAGUUGAUGAAGGCUUUGCAAGAAGAACCUCUCACUGGCCAUUUUCAUCACUAUGGAAUCACAGUGAAAGCCUUCAUGCAAAAUAAAGAGCUGAUGGAUUUCUUCUCUGUCAUCUCAACAAAUGUUGGUCAAAAUGGGGCCCACUUUGUCUCAACCAUUGAAGGCAAAAAAUACCCCUUCUAUGGAGUGCAGUGGCACCCAGAAGUGAACCGUUUUCAGUGGGACAGCAAAUUGAGCUUUCCCCAUUCGUCUCAUGCUGUCCAGCUGUCGUCACUCCUGGCCCAGUUUUUUGUCAAUGAAGGGAGGAGAAGUUUGCAUAACUUUGAUGACCCUGAAAAGGAGGCCUUGGCACUGAUUUACAACUACAUGCCUAUAUUUGCGGGAAACUUCAGUGGUUAUGAGCAGAUCUAUUUCUUCUGA